AUAUAUAUAUAUAUAUAUAUAUAAUCUGUUAUUCCUUAUCUUUUACCAUCACUGUCAUUUCAUUUCCAUUUUGGUUUUCAUUUCCAUUUUCAAAUCCAAUUUUCACUUUUCAUUUUCACUUUUCAUUUUUCAUUCCACCCUUCACAUAUAAUAUAAACGAAAAUGUCCGACAAAGAAGCUUUAAGAGUAUUUGCUAGACAACCUGUAAGUCAAGAUAUGAUUGAUAUACUAGUAACAACUACUAAAUCUAUUAUUCAAGUUAGAAAUCCCAAACCUCAAUAUAGUUUAAUUCCUUCAGUUAAAUCAGUUAAUAUGUUAGUUGGACCAAAAUCAAGUAUAUCAUUAGUUAAUUUUAUAAAGAAUUUAAUUAAAUAUUCUAAUGUUCAAACUCCAACAUUAAUGGCUACUUUAGUUUAUCUUAAUAAAUUAAGAAAUAUUUUACCAGCUAAUGCUAUUGGAAUGGAAACUACAAGACAUCGAAUUUUUCUUGCUGCUUUAAUUGUUAGUGCUAAAUCUUUAAAUGAUCAAUCUCCUUUAAAUAAACAUUGGACAAAAUAUACUGAUGGUUUAUUAACUAAUGAAGAAGUUAAUAUGGCUGAACGGGAAUUAAUUGGGAUGUUAAAAUGGGAUAUUUCAAUUAAAGAAGAUGAAUUAAUUAUAGCUUUACAACCUUUCUUGACUAAUAUCAAGGAUCAACUUGUUCAACGUAUGGAAGAAGAAAAUAAUCAAAAACUCAAUUAUUACAGAUUAUCCAAUUCUUUCAGCAACAGAAGUAUUUCUUCAAGAUCUUCAUCAAGAAGUUCAUUAUCUUCUUAUAAUUCUUCAUUAUCUUUAAAGAAUUCUCACUCCAAUUAUUCUUUACAAAGUUCGAAUUCUUCAAAUUCAUCUUACAGUUUGAAUAAUAUUAAUGAAGAUAUUAUAGAAGGUGGACUGAAACCAAGAAGAAUUCCAUUAUCUAAUAAAUCGACUAAUUUACUUAAUUUACCAUAUUCAAGCACAACUUCAACUCAACUUCCUUUAGAUAUUGAGAAACAAGAUAAAAAUUUAUUCCUUAAUUUGGCUAAUUCAGGGAGAAUAAUAUCUUCAUAAUAAAGAUUUCAAAACAUUCAUUCAAUGUAUCAUUAGUCACUAUUUCCCUUGCCUUAGUUUCAUUUCAUUUCAAUAACAUACUCUUCAUAAUAAUUUAGUAUACCCCUUUGUUCAAAUUUAUUUAUUUCUUCCGUACAUUUGACAUUUUAAAUUGUCUAAUUACAUUUCAUUUGGGACCUGUUUAAUAAUUAUAUAUUUAUAUACAAGUUAUUUAAUUAA